AUGUGCUUCAUAGGUAAAAUGGGGAAAACAGCAGAGAUGGGAAAUGAAACAACUGUCCAGGAAUUCAUCCUGGAAGGAUUUCCUGCUGUCCAGCACCUGGGAAAAUUCUUCUUCACCCUCAUUUUAUUGGCAUACUCAGUUGCCUUCACAGGAAACACAAUUAUCAUCACCCUUACAUGGGCUGACUACCACCUCCAAAUCCCAAUGUAUUUUUUCCUCAGUAACUUCUCUUUCUUAGAAAACUGCUUUAUAACAACAGCAAUACCCAAACUCCUGUUGAUCUUUUUAUGGGGAAUGCAAAAAAUAUCCUUUCUUGGCUGUCUUAUCCAAGCCUUUUUUUUUCUGUUUUGGGGAUCAACAGGUUCUUUGCUUCUGGCUGUAAUGUCCCUAGACAGGUAUAUAGCCAUUUGUAAUCCUCUGCGUUAUCCCAGCAUAAUGACCAGGAAGGUAUGCUUCCUCUUAGUCAUAUUCUGUUAUGUUGCUAGUUUCUUUGUAGUUGUUGGGAUUAUCUUAAAGGUCUCAAUGUUAUCUUUCUGUGGUUCCAAUGUCAUCAAACAUUUUUUAUGUGAUCUGACUCCUCUGACACAUCUCUCAUGCUCUGACACCAAGUUUUUUGAAUCAUUGGUUUUUGCGCUUGCUAUUCUUGUACUCGUGUCCUCCCUAAUUAUAACUAUCAUAGCUUACACAAAUAUAAUAAUCAAGAUAGUAAAUCUCCCUUCAAUCAAAGAGCGACAGAAGGCUUUCUCCACCUGUUCUUCCCACUUCAUUGUCCUCUGUCUAUUGUAUGGAAGUAGUGUUUUUAUAUAUCUGAAGCCAAAUCAAGCCAAAACUUUUGACACCAACAGAGAGGCAGCUCUAGUGAAUACUGUAGUGACCCCUUUACUGAAUCCUUUCAUUUAUACUCUAAGAAACAAGCAGGUCAAACAAGCUUUGAGAAAUGUUCUUUACAGGAUUAAAUUGGCAAGAUGGAUUCAUUAA